UUCUUUUUCUUUUUUUUUUUGAGAUGGAGUCUUGCUCUGUUGCCCAGGCUGGAGUGCAGUGGCACAAUUUCAACUCACUGCAACCUCUGCUUCCUGGGUUCAAGCAAUUCUCCUGCCUCGGUCUCUCAAGUAGCUGGGACUACAGGUGCGUGCCACCACCCCCAGCUAAUUUUUGUAUUUUUAGUAAAGACAAAGUUUUACCAUGUUGGCCAGGCCUCGAACUCCUGACCUCAAGUGAUCCGCCAGCUUCAGCAUCCCACAGUGCUGGGCAGGAGUAGAUUUUCUGUUGAGGGGAUAUAUAGCUUUUUUUUUCAGGAAAGUAUUAGUAGUUCUUACUUUUUAAAAGUCAUACACGCCUGUGAGAAUCCGAUGAAAGCUAUGGCUGGCUCCUUUCUCCACGAAAAUGAAUAUACCUAUGCACACAAUCGCAGGUGGUCCACAAGGUUGUCCGUGUGAGAAUGCCUACUCUGGGUUAAUCCGUGGGGAUUGUUCCUUGGGCAUACAUUUGGCUGAGUGGGCACCAAGGUGGAUAUGAACUGGCAGGCAGUAACUCUGCAACAAGAUUAGGUUCUCUUUUUAAGGAAGCCAGAGGCCAAGAAGCCCAGCGGGCUACACCUCUCUGGUCAGGUGGUGGCAGCACACAGUACUAGGAGCAACUACUCAGGCACCAUGAAUAAUGGCAAGAGGCGUAGGUAGGAACAGUAAGCCCUUCGAUGCAUUGCUGAGUUACCUCUGUGGGAAUUUGAGGAAGGAAGGGAAGGAGCCAGAGGUCUUUACUCUGAUUGGUCACCUGAGUAAACGUGGCAUUUACCACCUUGGUCACUCAUCUAUAUAUAUUUUUGGAGUGAACAACAGACCAGUGCCUGAAUACAGGGGAUGAGAGGCUAUGGAAUGUGGAAGGGUGGGAGGGUAGCACCUACUUCCGCUGUUGACAGGGCAGGGAGGAUUAGAACAUCUCUGCAUCCCUCACACCCUCAGGUGCCUCAGCCUUGGUAGACUGGAAUUCAAUUCAAAGGCAGGUGAUCAGAGUAGCCAUCAAAUCACCAUAGGUUCAUAUAACAGUUGGUCAAGACUUUGGGAUGUUAAAUACACGCUUUAAUUAAAUAAGACAGGGUUGUGUUGCUUUUAUCUUAUCAAAUUGCAAGUUGAUUCAAAAAUUGAAAAAGUAAGGAAUCAUUUGUGUAAAACGGCCAAGAUUAGACAACUGGUUGUCUCUUUGUGGACUAAUUCAUAGAUCAUGUAAAAAAUCCAUUUUUUUUUUCUUAAGAGAUAGAGGCUUGCUCUCUGUCACCCAGGCUGGAGUGCAGUGGUGAGAUCAUAGCUCACUGCAGCCUUAAACUCCUGGGCUCCAGCAAUCCACCCACCUCAGCCCGCUUUUCAAUUUUAAAAAUGAGUUAUUUUGUUUUAAAAGCUACUAUUUGGCUGUAACCAGUAGAAAUAUUUUCCUUCUGUUACAAAUAAAAUAACGAAAUUAAUGAGGCCUUUUGGGUUUUCUCUCCCGUUUAAACUCUCCACUCAAAGGAAGAUAGCAUCAUUUUAUUUCCUCAAUAUAAAAGUAAUGCAUUACUGAUUUAAAAACAAAUGAGCAGAAAAGUUUAAAUAAGACACUCCCACGAUCUGUCUCCUUUUCCAACACCUUGCUCCACAUUUUACAGUGGUGCAGAAGAAGUAUUGGACAUUCAUGACUGGUGGUGGGGGGAGGUAUAGAGAGAGACAGUUGGACUGAGACGAGAGAAGAUAAAAAAUUAUUCCUCGAAGAGGAAGAAAAGGCCAACGGACACGGGAGCAGAUACAGCCUCUCCCUGUAAGCCAAAGAAAGGCAAAUUCCAACCACAAACGGAAGCUACUUCUGGUCUCCGGGAUUGGCAAAGAGGAAAAUGAGUGGCAGGACCUGAUGUGUCAGGGAAGGAAGGGGAGGGCCGGCUUCUGCGGCGCUGCUGAUGGGAGUGGUAAUUGGGGUCCUGAUCUCACGGUUGACGUGGCCCUCACGUGAGCUGGAGCCGACGCGUGCAGACGUCCUUCUAAUCUUAGUCUUCGUUUGGUCCGGUUGCACUCUCCCUAUCGCCCAGAGGGCGAGAGGGCCUGUGGCCUGGGGGAAGGAGGACGAGGUUACUGCCUGGAUCCCAGCAGUAGGGCGCUGUGCCAUUUGGGAACAAAGGAAUAGUCUGCCUGGAAUCCCUGCAGGAAAAAAGGAUGUAACAGUGCCUGCAGGAAAAGUGCUUGUCAUUGCGGAUCUUGGGGCCAGAGGCCAGUCCAACCCUUGGAGCAGGAAGAAACGCAAAGUUGUCAAGAACCAAGUCAAGCUGCCUCAGAGCCGGCCAGCAGUAGCUGCAGACUCCGCCCGCGACGUGUUCGCGCUUCUCUGGGCCAGAGCGAGCCUGUUCUGUGCUCCGGUUAAGAGAUUUGUCCCGGCUAUACCAUGGGCCGCACUCGGGAAGCUGGCUGCGUGGCCGCUGGUGUGGUUAUCGGGGCUGGUGCCUGCUACUGUGUAUACAGACUGGCCUGGGGAAGAGACGAGAACGAGAAAAUCUGGGAUGAAGACGAGGAGUCUACGGACACCUCAGAGACUGGGGUUGAGACUGUGAAAGGAGCUAAAACUAACGUUGGGGCAGGGUCUGGGGCCAAACUUCAGGGUGAUUCAAAGGUCAAGCCUGAGGUGAGUUUGGGACUCGAGGAUUGUCCAGGUGUAAAAGAGAAGGCCCAUUCAGGAUCCCACAGUGGAGGUGGCCUAGAGGCCAAGGCCAAGGCCCUUUUCAACACGCUGAAGGAACAGGCAAGUGCAAAGGCAGGCAAAGGGGCUAGGGUGGGUACCAUCUCUGGGAACAGGACCCUUGCACCGAGUUUACCCUGCCCAGGAGGCAGGGGUGGAGGCUGCCACCCUACCAGGAGUGGAUCUAGGGCUGGGAGCAGGGCAAGUGGAAAAUCCAAGGGAAAGGCCCGAAGUAAGAGCACCAGGGCUCCAGCUACAACAUGGCCUGUCCGCCGAGGCAAGUUCAACUUUCCUUAUAAAAUUGAUGAUAUUCUGAGUGCUCCCGAUCUUCAAAAGGUCCUCAACAUACUGGAGCGAACAAAUGAUCCUUUUAUUCAAGAAGUAGCCUUGGUCACUCUGGGUAACAAUGCAGCAUAUUCAUUUAACCAGAAUGCCAUACGUGAAUUGGGUGGUGUCCCAAUUAUUGCAAAACUGAUAAAAACGAAAGACCCCAUAAUUAGAGAAAAGACUUACAAUGCCCUUAAUAACUUGAGUGUGAAUGCAGAAAAUCAGGGUAAGAUUAAGACGUACAUCAGUCAAGUGUGUGAUGACACCAUGGUCUGUCGCUUGGACUCAGCUGUGCAGAUGGCUGGGUUAAGACUGUUAACCAACAUGACUGUGACUAAUCAUUACCAACAUUUGCUUUCCUAUUCUUUUCCAGACUUUUUUGCUUUGUUAUUCCUGGGAAAUCACUUCACCAAGAUACAGACUAUGAAACUAAUUAUAAACUUUACUGAAAAUCCAGCCAUGACAAGAGAGCUGGUCAGUUGUAAAGUACCAUCAGAAUUGAUUUCCCUUUUUAAUAAAGAAUGGGAUAGAGAGAUUCUUCUUAAUAUCCUUACCCUAUUUGAGAAUAUAAAUGACAACAUAAAAAAUGAAGGGCUUGCAUCAUCCAGGAAAGAAUUCAGCAGAAGUUCACUUUUUUUCUUAUUCAAAGAGUCUGGAGUUUGUGUUAAGAAAAUCAAAGCACUAGCAAAUCACAAUGAUCUGGUGGUGAAAGUAAAAGUCCUGAAAGUAUUAACCAAACUCUAAUUUGGAGUCUGUCCCAAAGAGUAUUGAGGUAUUUGCACUUGGUACGAUGUGUUUUGUAAAUUCUUUGUUUUUCAUUGUGAAUAUAUGGUAAAGAGAUCUUUUCAGCUGCUAUUUUGGAAUAAUGACUAUCAUAUAUCAUAACAGUGACUGAUGUUGGUUUUAAUGGUUGGGUUGAGGAUGAACCAUUUUAAUGAUGCCAAAUGGAAUAUUAGUACUUGUACACAGAAAGAAUUUAUUGAUUUGAUCUUAUUACCUAGAUUGAGAUAUUUUUACUCUUUCCUCUACCUAAACUGACAAUGAAUUAGUUAUACAUCAUGAAUAAGCUACACUUUUAUAUUAGUUUAUAUUUGUUAAUCUAAGACUUGUGUUCCAUCAAUAAAGUUGUGUUUUAAGCAGCAGAAAAAAAA